AUGGGCGUCCCCUUUGAGGCUUUGCUGCCGUAUGCGAUCAUGACCGGCUUCUUCGCUUUCAGUGCCGUGUCCGUCGGAAAGCUCAAGGAGAUGCAGAACGGCGGUAAGAGGACCAGGCGCGGAAUCGACGCUUGGGACAGGCAAAGUAGGAUAUCUCCGCCACGGCCUCGUGCUGGACGACAUACUGAUCAUGCCGCAGUGAUGGAGCGCGACCGCCGCCUGACGGGCUUUAUGCGAGGACAGACAGACAAGGCCGAGGCGCCCGCCGGCUUCGAGCUCAACAACCCUUGGAGGUGCGAGCAGCGAUUCAUCUAA